GGAGAAAGUGGAAGGCCGGAACUGUAAGCAGCAGGAGAAGGGGGUUUUGAUCGGAGCAAGCAGCGACCAUUUCGGGAAGAAGAAGAUGUGGAUGGGGGGUUUCGUGAGGAAGAACAUGGAGAGUAGCGUUGCCUUGGGGAGUAUUUUCUCCCGGUACAUGUCGAGGAGUCGAGCGGUAAACGUGAGGAAAAUCAACCCGAAGGUACCCAUCGAAGAAGCCAAAUCCAUCGCCCAUUCUCUCUACGAUAUAAUAAGGCAACACGGCCCCCUCAGCAUCUCCAAUACUUGGAUCCAAGCCAAGGAAGCUGGUAUUAGUGGAUUAAACAGCAAAACACACAUGAAGAUAAUGCUAAAAUGGAUGAGGGGAAGAAAAAUGCUAAAGUUGUUGUGCAAUCACGUUGGUAACAACAAGAAAUUUUUACACUAUUAUUAUUUCCAUGCCAGACAUGAAAUUGCUGGAAUUGUGAAAGAGGUUGGUUCCAAUGUUCACCGCUUCAAAGUUGGUGAUCAUGUUGGAGUGGGAACUUAUGUCAACUCCUGCAGAGAUUGUGAAUCUUGUAAUGAGAGUCUAGAAAAUUAUUGCUUAAAAGGGUCAGUUUUCACCUUUAAUGCUAUUGACGCAGAUGGUACCAUCACUAAAGGUGGAUAUUCUAGUCAUAUAGUUGUCCAUGAAAGGUAAACUAUUUUGCACUUUCACUGGUAUCCCCAUUUUUGGUGGUAUUGAUUUAGAUAUUGUUUUUGUGUUUUAUGUUCUUUGCCCUGCAACUGUUUCUUAUUUUCUAUAGGAAAUGACUUUACUGGUAAUUUAGAUUUGUGAUUAUUUUGGAAAAGACUUCAAGAAGCUGUUUCUCACAAAUCAAAUCUGUAUAAUUUCACAGCAUAAUUGCUUGAUAUGUAGUCUCUAACAGUUCAAGUGAUCUAAUUGCACACCAUAGUGGUCUAUUUUGGUUUGUUUUCACUUUGCAGUUGAUCAUUUAUCAUUCAUGGAGUCUUUAUGUUGUGGAUAAAAGGCUUCUUGUGGGUUGAAUUGCUACACAUGAGAUGCAAUGAAGCAAAAUAGUUAUUAGGAUACUACUUCCCAUUUUUUUGGUUUCAAUCUAUAGCUAUAUAACUUUCACCAGGAAAAAGUAGUAGUUGUUUUUUUUUUUUUUUCCUCGAAUAACCGUUCAAUGUAGAAGCACUCAGCAGAGAGCCUUUUGUGGCUCUGGCAUCAUCAACUAAUUGUUGAAGCUUACUAAAUUUAUAGUUACGGUGACUUUUUAACAACAUGCUGAAAAAAUAUCGAAGGAAGACAGCAUAAAACAAUUUGAUAUUUGAGUUAGUUAUCUGUCUUUUUAUUUUCUUGUCUACAUAUGCUUCAGUAAUUGAGACAAAUUAUUGUCCAGA